UAUAAACCCCUCCAAACUCCUUUAACCCAAAAGCUCUCUUCUUUUGUCCCAUUUUUCAAAUCCAAAAAUACAGAUUUUUUCUUUCUUCUUUUUCCCAGUAACCAAACAAAAAGCCAUGAGCUAACACUUCACUUUGAAGAUUUUUUUUAUAAAAAAAGUUAAUCCAGUUGGCCAAAACGACGUCGCAGUGUGUCAGAACUCCGAAGCAAGCAAAACCCAUAUCGGAGAAGAAGAAGAAGAAGAAUAUUAUGGAGAGAGAAGGCAGUUCGGAGAACAAAAACGACAACAAUAGGUUGCCGCUUUCGGAGGUGGUGACGGAUUGCGUGAAAAGGUGGUUCAAGGACACGCUUAAAGAGGCCAAAUCUGGGGAUAUCAAUAUGCAGGUCUUGGUAGGUCAGAUGUAUUAUAGCGGUUAUGGCGUUCCAAGAGAUGCCCAGAAGGGAAGAAUAUGGAUCACAAGAGCAUCUAGGACAAGGUCUUCAGUUUGGAAAGUUAGUGAUAAGCAUCCAGGUUAUAAUGCAAGUGAUUCAGAUUCAGAUGAACCGAAGGGUGACUCCUAGAUAGAUUAUAUCAUAUUAGCUUCAUGUCCUUUGAAUAGGGAGGUUUGCUUGGAUCUGUGACUGCUCUUGCUCAAUCGAGAUUGUGUUUGUAACAAAGUUGAUAUUUUUUUCCUUUUAAGUUGUCUUUGCUUUCAGCCGUACAAUUUCAUCUUUACAUUUAUUAUAGUGACAAUUAUUCUUGUUAGUUUCUCUUCGACCAAUCUAAUUUUUCAUGGAGAAAUGAGCGUAUAAUUAUACAGAAGGAACAAUUAGGUUGAUGGUCGGCUUUGGUCACCACCCCAU